UUGUAAAACACUUAUAGUGAUAAUGAGUUUCAAGUGAAUGUUAGAUUUGACCGAAUCAUGUUUUAUUGACCAAUCGUUUAUGAAAUUAAAGUCAUUUGAUACAAACGCCUCCCAACAAACAUGAAGUGUAUUCAACUAUUUGUGUUUUUCUCACUAAAAAUUGGGGUCGAUCUGAGUGACCCUUUGGUGGAACUCCCAAACGGCUUAAUAAGAGGGCAAAGAAUAAAAACCCAAAACAAUGAAUUCUACUCUUUCAAAAAAAUACCAUAUGCCCAACCACCUAUUGGUACUUUGCGAUUUCAAGCCCCUCGUGAACCCAGGAAUUGGGACGGUGUUUUGGACUGCACCACUAUGGACGUUGUUUGUUACCAGAUGUUUAACAAAUUGGAGAAUCAAUCAGAAAAUUGCCUUUUUUUAAAUGUUUACACACCCAACUUGCCGGAGUUUGUAAAUGAGUCAUUUCCAGUCAUGGUAUACAUCCAUGGUGGUGGUUUCACAGAAGGAAUGACCCAACAAUACGACCCACGGCUCUUUGUGGAAAAUGGGGUGGUUUUAGUUACUUUUAACUACCGUUUAGGACCAUUUGGUUUUCUCUCCACUCAAGAUGAUACGAUCCCCGGAAACAACGGGUUAAAAGAUCAGAAUAUGGCCUUGAAAUGGGUGCACAAAAAUAUUGAAUUUUUCAGUGGGGACCCUCAAAAAGUCACACUUUUUGGGCACAGUGCAGGGUCAGCUUCAGUCGGUUAUCACCUCCUUAACCUCAAAUCGGAAGAUUUAUUUUGGGCCGCAAUUUGUCAAAGUGGGUCCGUUUUAGGGCCAUGGGCCUAUCAAAGGCAACCGAGACGACAAGCUUUCCUCACUGCUAGUUUUAUAAAUGAGACAUUUCUUGAGCAAAAUGAUUCGAAAAAAUUGCUUGAAUUUUUGCAAAACGUGGAACCAGGAACGAUUCGAUCAGCUGCCGAAAUGUUUUACGAUUUUAUUUUGAAUGGUACAAGUGAUGAUUUUGCGGCAACUGAAGGAUCAAGUUGGGCCCCGACUUUGGAAAUCAAAAAUGAGGAUUCUUUUAUUAGUGAAAAAAUGUUCAAAUUGUUGAAAAGUGGUAAAUUUGUUAAAGUGCCUUUAAUGAUUGGGAUGACCACUGAGGAAAAUUUAUCAAUGGACCACAAAAAUUUUGACAAAAAUGUCGAACAGUAUGAUAUUUCUUAUAAAACUUUGGUGCCGGUUGACAUAACAGGAGAUGAAGAAAAAUUAAAUGAAAUUGGUCGAAAGAUUCGAGACAUGUACACAGGAGGGAAAAACUUUUCGAAAAAUAUUGGAGACGCCAUUCGAUUUUCCAGUGAUAAUGACAUGACUCGCCCGAUUAUGAAACAAGCCGAGAUUUACUCAAAAUUCGCUCCAACUUACUUUUACCAAUUUUCUUACGACGGAAAUUUUGCAGGGUUUAGUCUAACUUAUCCAGGUACUGGAAGUGUUGCUCAUGCCGAGGAAUUAUAUUAUCUUUUUGAUUUUAUUCAUGACAUCAAAAGUUUUCCAAAAGAAGAUCAAAUUGUACGAAAUCGUUUAAUUAAACUGUGGACCAAUUUUGCCAAAUUUAGGAAUCCGACACCAACGCUAAUGGAAAAUGUUUCUUGGCCACAACUAAAAGUGGAGGAAAAUGAUUUUCCAUAUCUUGAUAUUGGAGCAAAUUUGACAGUUAAGAAUUUCCCCAAAAAAGAAAUUUAUAAAAAAUGGAGUCAAAUAUAUGAAAGUUUAGGACAUGAUGAUUUUGAUACUUAUUAAUUAUUAUUAUUAGAAAACAAGUGUUAAUAAUAAUCAUAAAGACAAUUAUGGAAUUUAUAGUUUUCACAAAUAAUACAUAUUUCUCAAAAUAUUUGCUAA